UCCCUCAAUCAUUCAAGGUUGUUUCGCUUCGACUGCAGAGAAGGAAGAAGACGUCUCGGACGAGCCAGUGGUUUAUAAGUACAGCAGCGCCACGAAUUUAGUGCAAUGUCAGAGAUCCAGGAUCCGAAAUCUGUACAGGACCUGACUGGGGUGGUCCAGACAUUGCUGCAGCAGAUGCAGGAUAAAUUCCAGACCAUGUCAGACCAGAUCAUUGGAAGAAUCGAUGAGAUGAGUGGCCGCAUCGAUGACCUGGAGAAGAACAUUGGUGACCUGAUGACCCAGGCUGGCGUGGAGGAGAUGGAGGCGGAGAACAAGGUCAAGGAGGAACAGGGCUCUGCUUAAAAGGUUUCCAAGUAACAGGAUGGUGGAGACUAAAUGGGAAACAGACAACUUUUCAGGAGUAUUGUAUAUUUAAGUUUUUUGUUUUGUUUUAAUUAUUUGUAUUUUAAUUUACUGUGUCUGUAACAUGUUUUAUAGUAACUCUUGUAAUAAUGUUCACUCUUGACAUUUUUUUUUUUUUGAAUUGAUUGAUUUUUUUUUUUUUUUUUUUUUUUUGAAUUGAUAUUUAACUUAACUUGAGACACUAUCCUGAAUAAUGACUCACUCAGGUGACUCGGGCUCACUCAGGUGACUCGGGCUCACUCAGGUGACUCGGGCUCACUCAGGUGACUCGCUGGGCCAGUAACUGAUUAUGUCAACUAGCCAAUUGAACAUUUUAACAAUAUUUCAACACAAAACAUUUUACUGCUAUUCAAAUGUUCUAAAAAAAAUUGUGUGUUAAGAUUUCUUUACUUUCAGUCUUUUUCACAAUAAACCAGGGCUUGCAUACA